CUGCUACUACUGCAGCCAUCAUGAGCGAACAGGUCCUGCUUCUCGAUAGCUCCCUGCGGAAUUGGGCCUUGCUGCCGAUUCUGCUCGUCAUGAUCCUGGUCGGCCUGCUCCGGCACAAUGUCACUAUCCUGCUGCAGUCGACCCCGAAGCCAUUGGACACAAAAGCUGUGCGGGAACAGCGCGCCCUUUCUCGAGCCGCGCUAUUGCGCGCUAAUGGUCAUCAUCUACCUUCAGACGCCUUUGCUGCGCGUAGAAGUUUCUUGAUCGACGCGUUCACCAAGGACGCCUAUCUCAAAGACCCCUCAGCCAAAGGAAGACCAGCGGCGAAUCCAAUGACCGACCCUUCGGCGAUGGAUGGAAUGAUGAAUAUGAUGAAGGGAAACAUGGCGAACAUGGUGCCUCAGAUGGGUCUUAUGGCCUGGAUCAACUUUUUCUUCUCGGGCUUCGUUUUACUCAAGUUGCCCUUUCCGCUGACACUGCGGUUCAAGCAAAUGCUUCAAAGUGGUGUCAUGACGCAAGACUUGGACGUAACCUGGGUCUCGUCCUUAUCUUGGUAUUUCCUCAACCUGUUUGGGUUGCAAUCCAUUUACGCACUCCUGCUUGGCGAUGACAAUGCAGCAGGCAGUGUCAACGACAUGAAUCAAAUGGGAGGCGCUGGUGCAAUGCAAGCUUUUGGACCGGGACAAGAUCCUUCCAAAAUGUUUGGUGCUGAAAUUGAAAAUCUUGAGGUGGCAAGUCAUGUUUGGAUCAAUCACAAUGUGGCGGAGCGUGUACUGGCUAGAUAUUCAGACGAGCUAUGAGUACAUAGACUUGCAUCAUUCAUGAGUUG